AUGUUGGAAAAGUGGAGGUGGCAGGAAAGAGAGCAGCUACAGGGUGCAUUCCAGGUGCAUAACACUGAAGCUGCGCUCUGGAGUGAGGAGCAUCACUGUCCACACCUCCCUACCAAGAUUUAUGAUAAAACAGAGAAACCAUGUCUUUUCUCCGAAUACACCAAGAACUACCCUCUCUAUCACUCUUAUCUGCCCAGAGAGUCCUUCAAGCCCAAGCUGGAGUACCAGAAAAGGUGCACGCCAAUGGAAGGCCUGACCACAUCGAGGAGAGAUUUUGGGCCUCACAGGGUGUUACCGGUGAAGAUCCGCCAGCCCGACCCAUUUGUCCCAAGCGAAGAGAAUAUGGAUCUGCUCACAACGUAUAAACAAGAUUACAACCCGUACCCUGUCAGUCGAGUGGACCCCAUCAGACCUCGGGACAGGAAAUAUCCACGUGGGGACAAGAUGGAGUGUCUGCCUACUUAUAAAGCUGAUUAUUUACCCUGGAACCAACCAAAACGAGAACUGCUUCGUCCGCCACACAACUACCGGCCAGUGUCAACCAAGUUUGAUAGCCGAACCACACACCAGGAUGACUACUCCAUGAAGGGCCUGGUGAACACCAUGAGCUGUAAGCCUCCGGCCGUACUCAAGCUCUGUAACAUCCCCCUGGAGGAUAUGACAAACUACAAGAUGAGCUACGUGGCCCACCCCAUGGAGAAACGCUAUGUGUAUGAGCCGGAGAAGUUCAGACCCUGUGAAAUCCCCUUUGAAAGCCUUACCACUCACAACGAGUCAUACCGGGGCCUGAUGGGGGAGCCAGCCAAGAGCUUGAAACCUCCAGCCAGGCCUAGUGUGCUAGACAUGCCGUUCUGUAACACCACUGAAUUUCGAGAUAAGUACCAAGCUUGGCCAACGCCCCAGAUGUUCUCCAAAGCUCCCGCCACCUAUGUCGCUCCUGAAAAAAAGAUGGACCUUCUGACGACAGUGCAGGCCCACUACACGUACCCUAAGGGUGCCCCAGCUCAGUCCUACCGACCGGUGCUCUCGGUCAAGAAGGGUGGCCGCUUUGAAAGCUCCACCACGACCAAAGAGGACUAUAAGCAGUGGGCCAGCAUGCGGACCAAGCCAGUCAAGCCUAUCCCCCAGCUGAACCUUCCCACCGAGCCCUUGGACUGCCUGACCACCACAAGAGCCCACUAUGUGCCCUACCCUCCCAUCACUACCAAAAGCUGUAAGCCCCCCUGGUCUCGCCCUCGAGGAAAUAUCCCUGUGGAGGGCCAGACCACAUAUACCAUCAGCUUUACUCCUAAGGAAAUGAGCAGGUGCCUGGCUUCAUACCCUGAGCCUCCCGGCUACAUCUUUGAGGAAACAGAUGCUUUGGGGCACAGAAUAUACAGGCCAGUUUCCCAGACAGGCUCUCAGCGGAGCAGCCGUCUUUGUGUAGGUGAUUCAGAAAAUCCUAACCAGCAGGAGUUGACAGUGUCAUCUUGA